UGUGUGUGUGUGUGUGUGUGGGCGAAUGGGACUGUGUCAGUUUGUGUGUGUGGGUAUAUGGACACUGUCGUUUGACUGUGAGUGCGUCUUUCAAGUUCAUAUACUGUAUUUUGUUUUUGUUGCGAGUGUGCGUGGAUAAUUUUAGUGAUGUAUGUACAGCAUAUGUGACGUUUUGUCGUGUGUGAGAAUGUGCGUGCGUGCAAGGCCCGAUGUGGUUGCAUUCCAGCGGACCAAAGCCACCCGCCCCCCCCCAAGACGAACGUGAGCAGAAUGCAAAUGGCCGGGAUGUGACGGCCGCCCAACGGAACAUUCUUCCCGUGACGUCACCAAGGAGCCGUUGGCCGUCCGUCGCCGGGCUCCCAUUGGCCCGAGUCGAGCCGGCGUCCUAUAAAGGGAGCGGCCGCGUGGCCGGCAAACCUUCAUUCUGGUCCCCGGUCCCGGUUCCUGGUUGAAGAUGUGGCACUCGUCGUGGUGUUGUCGUCUGUUGAUCGCGGUGGCGGUGGUGGCGGCCUCGGCGUGGUGCUCGGAGCCGCUGGCCGAAGAGGUGGCGGCGCGCCGCGCCCGCUUCUCCUCCAACAGCCCCGCGGAGGUGGCGCGUUGCUUGAAUGGCGCGGUGGCGGUGGGCUGCGGCUUCUUCUCGUGCCUGGAAAACUCUACGUGCGACACGGACGGGAUGCACGAGAUCUGCGAGCUUUUCCUGCAGGCCGCCGCCACCUUCAACACCGAGGGCAAGAUGUUCGUGAAGAAGAGUUUGCACUGCGUGGCCCAGGGCAUCGGCAGUAAAGUUUUCCAAACCAUCCGCCGCUGCAACAUCUUCCAGAGGAUGAUCGCCGAAGUGCAGGAGGAAUGCUUCAUCACGCACGACAUCUGCAGCGUGGCACGUGAAAACCCGCAGGCCUUCGCCGAUGUCGUGCAAGUGCCCACGCACUUCCCCAACAGGUAUUACAGCACGCUGCUGCAGACGCUGCAGGCGUGCGACGGGCAGACCGUGGCGGCGGUGCGUUCAGGCCUGCUGGGUCGUUUGGGGCCCGAUAUGGAGACCUUCCUGCAGAUGGUCCAGACCAAAGAGUGCGACGCGGGGCAGGCCGCCGCCCCCUUCGACGACCCGUCCGCCUGGAGGAACGUGCCCGUAUUCAACGUGCAGCCCGGCUUCCGGGGUCGUGAUCCCACCCACCUCUUCGCCCGCAAGCGCUCGCUGGACGACCAGGAGGCGGCAGUACCACCAGUAGACCACCAGUAGACACCCCCCCCCCCACCCCCGGCCUGAUAUUUCCUUUCCUCUUUCCGCUAAUUUAUGCAUCGGACGGCGUCUUCGUGCCGGUCACGAAGCGUCGCAAUGCUACUUUUGUCUGCCAAAUAAAAAUGUUGACGCAUUCA